AUGGAACCCUUGGCCACUGUAGAUUCCCGUCCUGCGCACCGGAAGUUCAGCAAACCGCCUGUCAAGGUAGCUUGUCUAUCCUGUCGCACAUUAAGAAUACGUUGCGACGGCCAGAACCCAUGCACGAACUGCGUCGGUAAGAAUGCGAGUUGCUUUUAUGUUCCCAGUCGGCGUGGCGGGCCGCGAAAUUGCCAGAAUCGCAAGCGAAGAAGGGAACCUGUGUCGAUUCCGGUAGUAGCGACAGUGCCAGGCGCCGAUCCAACCGUACAGGAGAAUGACAGGUCGGAUACACAUACGACGGAUACGGAAGAGAGAAGAAGUCAGCAGUCGUCGUCAUUUGAGGCGAAUGUUGAGCAGACGACGUCUCUGUCUGGAUCUGGCUUCAGUUCUGGGAUUGGGUCUGAUGAUGCAGAUUGGUUCCAUCAGCUCAUGGAUUUGAGUGAGCCUGGGGCGGGAUUGAGAAAUGUUGAGAUGCCCAUCGCGGAGAUUGAGUCGAUAUUCGAUUCGAUAUUCGCUGGGGAGCAGGGUGGUACUGAUCUACCUGAUGCAAAUGUGCAUUUUCCGAUGGCGGAUCUGGUACAGGUAUAUGGGAGUUAUGGGGAUAUUCUCGACGCGUACUACAUCUUCAUCCACCCAUACUAUCCCAUGCUUCCACCACCUGAACGUCUUCCCGUGUAUAACCGUCCACUGCGCGAGAAAUCGACGUUCCACCCAUCCAGUCCACUGAGCCUCGCCAUCGCAGCCCUACUAGUUCUCAUACCGCAUCCCGACGAGAAAGACCCCUCGCGUCCUGAGUACGUAAAACUCAGACGAGACACAGCACAUUCAUUUGCACAGGCCGCUCUCGAAGCUGUAGAGGUCGACUCAGAGCUCGUGGCUUCAUCCAGCGACCCGUCAAGUGCUCUGUCAGAGGGUGUACCGCAACUCGACCGCGAUCCAUUUCAUCCGUUCGUACCAGUGUGUUUGGAGAGUGUAUUGGCAUUACUUCUGCUGAGCGUGUAUGAGUAUGCGCAGCGGGGAAAUAUCAAUAAGAUGCGGAACCGGGCUGGACAGGCAUUGACGACUGCGAUGAGUAUUUCGUUGCACGAGACAGUUGAGGAGGAUGAGUUUGCGGAGGCGAAGCGCAGGGCUUGGUGGAUGACAUAUAUGGCUGUAUGUCAAGGGGCUAUUGUCAGCAGUGUACCACCCGUUUUCAACGUACACGACCCGCGCUUCGUGACACCAUAUCCAGAGGGCUGGAAAUCCCUAAUCGAAGCCCAGCAAACAAUCCUCGAAGCAACAACCUUCGUACACGACCUUGACCAAGCAGCAAAAAACUCCUACAACACAUCCUGGAUCUCGCAACGAAUGCAAGAACUCGACAGCCAGAUUACCUCAAUACUUCUUCUUUGCAAAGCUUCGUCGUCAUCGUCGAUGCCGCAGACACCGGUCGUGGGGUUGGAUUCGCCCGAGGUAGCAGCGUCAAAAGCUAUGGGGUAUAUAGCAGAGAUCAAGCUGCAGAGUGCACGGAUAAAAACCCACCGCUUCAACGCCUUCAAAGACAUCCCCAUCUUCCGCCGCCGCCACUGCGAUCUCGAACCGCUCCGAGGAUCAGGCCCAGCGUCAGCGUCAGCACUAGCACCAGCAUCAAUAACACCAUCCUGCUGCCGCAUGACUAUCCCAUCCAUCUCCUCAAUCCCAUCCCCUGAGAACUCAACCUCAAGCUCGAGCUCAGUCUCUUCCAUACCAUCGAUCAAAUUCCCCUUUUCCUCGCACGCCUCUUCAAAGGUCUGCCUGCACGCUGCACUAAGCAUCGUCUCAUUACUAGAUAACCUACCCUACCCGAACCCAACCAAUGAGAUUCCAUGGACGAUACCACCGUAUCUAUCAUGGAACUCGCGUGUCGAGAUACCGCGCACAAUGCCGACAUUUGCGUGCUGUGCCAUGCAGUCCGGGUAUGCGUUGUUGAUGCUAUGUUUCAAGGCGAGAGCUUUCAACAAAUAUAAUAGCAGCGGUGGUGGUAGCGGUGCAAUUGAUGGUUCAAGCACAAGCACAAGUGCAAGUGGCGGAAGUCCGCCAUUGAACGGAUUCAUGAACGAGUUGCAGCAGAACCUGAGGCUUGUCGUGAGGUGCUUGGGAAAUUAUUCGAUUGCGUUUGAGGCGAUGCAGGGUAUGAGGGAUGAGAUUCUGGGGGCGGUGGAGAGGGGGUUUGGUGAGAGUUGA